AAAACACACCCAAAGUUUGAUGAACUUGUUUGAGGAAGUUGGGGAUUGACUGAGCUUUCCUGGGAUGGUGUGAAAUGGCAAAUAUCGCCCAGCCUGGUGAAAUUAUACAUCUCAAUGUGGGAGGAAAGAGGUUCAGUUCCUCAAGACAGACUCUCACCUGGAUCCCAGACUCAUUUUUCUCCAGUUUGUUGAGUGGAAGAAUUUCAUCAUUAAAGGAUGAAACUGGAGCAAUCUUUAUUGAUCGAGACCCUACUGUCUUCACAUCCAUUUUGAAUUUUCUCCGCACAAAAGAGUUGGAUGCCAGGGACGUGAACAUUGCAACUCUCCGGCAUGAGGCGGAAUUUUAUGGAAUUGCUCCACUGGUUCGCCGACUGGAACUAUGCGAGGAUUUGGAACGCUCAUCCUGUGGAAAUGUCCUGUUCCAUGGAUACCUACCUCCACCAGUGAUCCCAACGAUGAGGCAGAAUCGACACAGCCUUGCUGGACCACAAUUUGUGGGGUCACGGCAGGAGGCUGCAGAUCGUGUUCCUGUAAGAAGGAGCAACACCAUGCCACCUAACAUAGGCAAUGCUGGCAUCCUGGGAAAGCUUCUGGAGCAGCGAGGGAAUGGAUUGAUAGCCAACCCCGGAAUGGUGCGGAUUGUCCGAGGACAUCACAACUGGAUUGCUGUGGUCUACACCCAAUUUGUAGUGUGUUACAGACUGAAGGAGUCAUCUGGCUGGCAGCAGGUAUUCUCCAGUCCACGGUUAGACUGGGUCAUUGAACGUGUGGCACUGAAUGCUAAGGUCAUGGGUGGUUCCCUGGGUGACAACGACAAGAUGGUGGCUGUGGCCUCAUGCAGCGAGAUCAUUCUGUGGGCCAUCCAUGAAGGCGGCACUGGGAAUGAGAUUGGAACAUUUAGCUUGGGGGUCCCUGUGGAAGCUCUGUUCUUUGUGGGAAAUCAGCUGAUUGCAACGAGUCACACUGGAAAAGUUGGGGUCUGGAAUGCAGUGACCAAGCACUGGCAGAUUCAGGACGUAGUUCCAAUAAACAGUUAUGACACAGCUGGCUCCUUGUUGAUCCUGGGAUGUAACAAUGGAUCAAUUUAUUACAUUGAUGUUCAGAAGUUUCCAUUGCGGAUGAAGGACAAUGACCUCCUUGUCACAGAGCUUUACUGUGAUCCUUAUGAAGAUGCUAUCACAGCCCUCAGUGUAUAUCUCACCCCCAAAACCAGUGACAGUGGCAACUGGAUUGAGAUUGCAUACGGGACAAGUUCUGGAAUGGUCCGUGUGAUUGUACAGCAUCCUGAGACAGUGGGGUCUGGCCCGCAGCUCUUUCAAACGUUCAGUGUCCAUCGCAGUCCAAUCACAAAGAUCAAACUCUCUGAGAAAAACCUCAUCUCAGUCUGUGCAGAUAGUAACCAUGUACGGACAUGGACUGUGACCAGAUUCCGUGGCAUGAUCUCCACACAGCCUGGCUCAACUCCACUGGCAUCAUUUAAAGUCCUCUCCCUGGAAGAUUUAGAUGGUCAUGGAGGAUGUUCGGUGGGAUUGGAUAUUGGCCCAUUUGGGGAGCGAGAUGAUGAACAGGUUUUCAUUCAGAAAGUUGUUCCUGACACGAAUCAGCUCUUUGUGCGACUAUCCUCAACAGGCAAGAGGAUCUGUGAGAUCUCCUCUGUGGAUGGCACCGCAAUCACUGCAUUUACUGUGCACGAAUGUGAGGGUUCGAGCCGCAUCAGCUCUCGUGCCCGUCGCUACCUCUUCACCGGACACACUGAUGGCAGCAUCCAGAUGUGGGAUCUUACCACUGCCAUGGAGACAUCUGGCAAGACACCUCAGAGAGACUCUGGGGGUCCCACAGAACAGGAGCUCCUGCGACAUCUGGAACAGUGUGACAUUGCAUUGUCCCGAACGCCAGACAUGAGUCCUGCAGAAUCAUUGGCUCAUCCUAGCAUGCUGCGGGCCUCAUCAAGCCAUUUUCAGAAUGUCGAUGGAUUCCGUGAGAGGUUGGUGCGGAGUGGGACAGAUAACAUUCGAAGAGACAGUCCCAUGGUCCUCAGGCAGCAGGAACGGUUUUCCAGUGUGUGCAGUUUGCAGUCGUAUAUUGCAAGCCGGACCUCUUUGGAUAAGGGUGAUGUUCCCAGUGGAAGCCCUAGGCAAGUGAGAUUACACAGCUCCUGCAUCAGAGCAGAAAGUCCGAGUGGUGAAAAUGCCACAGCAGAAGGGGAUGGCAGGGCUGGGCGCACAGGAAGCUUUGUUGAGCGAUGCCAAGAGUUAGUACGUUGCACUGAAUUCCAUGGAUCUAUGGAUCUCCGUCGUUUUAGCCAUGAGUCUGACAGAUUAUUGAACAGGAAUAGAACCCUGGGUCAACCUGGUUCAGUACAGGGACUAAAGGCUGUGUCACCCAAUCCGCCACUAUCUACCAGAACUGUCCCUCCUAAUGUGCCAUCAACAAGUCCCUCUGCAGAGCCUCAGUUGUCAGUAACCAGUCCCCUCGGUCCAACUAUGGAAUCAGCAACUGCCAACAGACCCCGAAUGAAUGAGACUUCGUUCUGAUCAUCACUGCUUCACAUUCAUCGUCUAGUGAUACUUCAUUAAAGUCCAAGCAAUGGACUCGGUCAGUUCCUUUUUAAACAUUUGCCUGGGGAUUUUGUAGCCUGUCUAAUUCACAACAGUUAAUUCAUCAGACUUCUCCAAGCCUAUCUUUGUUGCACAAUCUGACUUCUAACUUGCUCUUCUGACUGCAAAUCCUGGCUUAAACAACAGAAACAUCAACCAAUCCAAAUCAGCUACUUCUCCCUCUUUCUGAGAAGCGAGAUUCUGGCCUAAAAGCUGAUCCCAACUAAUCCACGUGUGCUGUUGUUUUGUUGAAAGUAGUGUUUCUGAUGCCCAGAAUCUGGUGUUGUCAGCAUUCACAUUCAAAAUUCCACCUGUGGAAAAUUCUUGCUUUUUAAACUUCACAUUUUGAAAAACCUGAAAUGUGACCUUUUACAAAUUAAAACCUGUUACUUCUGGAUGAGAAAUUUUAAUCUGACAGCUCAUGAGUCAAUGUAUUAAAGUUUAAUUGUUUGUAUUCAGAUUUUGAAUGAAAUAAACAAUUGAAGAAUU